GUCGAGAAUUGGUAAGUCUGAGACAUAUUAUGAAUUGGUAAGUCUCCGAAAUUUCUUAACCAUUCAGACAUCUGAACCAUUAAGAGGCUGAAACAAACAGUCUGAACCAGUGCUGAAUUAUUCAGACAUCUGAACCAUUAAGAGGCUGAAACAAAACUCCUAAAUCUGGUGGGAGAGACAGGGUCUGAAACUACGGCUGAAAAGAAUGGUGUUGGAGCCGAGCAUGGCGUCGCUGUUUGAGAAGCUGAAGGUUGAAGACCCCUACUUUCCGCCGAGACCAUGGGAGUACAUUCCAUCUGAAAGCGGCCUUCCUUCUCUGUCGUCGCUUCACUGUGAACAAUCAUCUAAUGGCCUAUUUACCUCUGGAGUCUCUGAGUCGAGUUUGGUAAGGCUUGCAUUGAACGCAUUGCAAGGUGUUGAAUCAGCUUUAAUAUCAAUUGAGAAAUUCUCAGACUUGUUUUGCUGCGACUCAGCUGAUAGAUCAUUUCACCGCAUUCCAAGUUUGUGGAGCAGGACAUCCAGCACUCUGGCAUUAGGAAAUUUACUCAAGUCAAUAGGGCAAUUUGGCUGUAUUAUUUUUCUCCUCCGCAAAUUUGUUUGUUAUUUUACGAAUUCGAGAGCAGAUUGUAACUCAGGAAUUGAUGAAAUUCAUGGCAACAAUUCCAGCUGCCAUCUGAACAACCAUACACUUGUUAACCAGGCUUUUGCUGUUUCUGUGGGAAGGAUCUUAGACGGUUAUAGCUCUGCACUCAAUACUUUGCUUUCAUCUGUGAACUUAAGACGCAGCUCUACUGCUGCUGAUGGAGGCUGCCUUACAAAUGUUGGUCAUUCUGAGAUCACGAUUUUGGAGGUUUAUCUGCACACCACAGGCUUAAGAGUGCAAGUGGAAGCACUUGGAAAUAUCUGCCACCUGGGUGACCUAGCCCUUUGUUUUCCAGAAUCGCCCUUGAAAGACUUAAUUGCUAAAGCUGACCAAGAAUUUCAUAAUUUUCCAAGAAGUGGAGCACUGAUAACAUUAUUAUAUUCACAGCUUAAGGCCACAGAUCCUGUUCAUUGUGCUCUCCUCAAGUUCCUUUUUAUCCGGUCUUGGGAACCAUAUUGUGGAUUCAUUAGAUCAUGGAUUUAUGAAGGCAAGAUCAAUGAUCCUUUUGAAGAGUUUGUAGUGGAACUUUUUGAUGAUGUACCUGAUCCUGCUCUUGGAACAUCUAAUGGCUUCUCAUUAGCUAGAGUCAAGGUACGAGAUGGAGCUGUUGUUCCUUUCUUCUUAGAGGAUUUCCUGAUUCCACUCUUCAGAGCAGGCCAACAACUUCAAGUGAUCGUGAAGUUGCUUGAGUUGUCUAAUAAUAUUGGUGCAAUGAAUUCUUCUUACAAAGAGUUUCUCCCUGGUUGUAAUGGGAUUUGCAUUGAAUAUCAUAGACUUUCUUCGUCACUGACAUUUGACAAAGGAACAAUAGAAGCAAUCACGCUGGCUAGAAGCACUUUUUACCUUCAGAAACUUGAAGAAAUUGAUAAUAUAUUUUCCAAGUUUGAAUUUAGGCAUCAAGGGGUUUUGCCUUGUGGAGUUCAAGCUAUACACGCAGACUGUGGAUGGAGGAUUAAGUGUUCUGACCUAUUUUCACCAGAUGAUAACUUGAUUAUAUCUCCAACUGAAAAACAAAAUCAGGAACUGCCUGAUGGGGUUUCCGAAGCUUCUAGUGCAGAGGAUGAGCUUUCCUAUGCUCAAGAUGUCAUCGAUGCACUUGCAGCUUCAUCUUCUGAAGAUUCUGAAGAGCAAUCCGAGAACGAGGAUUUGACUUGUAUACCUUUUACUGAUAAGCAACUGGAGUCUACUUAUUUUUCUGCUUUGACUUUCAUUACAAACCAUUCCUUGCAAAAGCUGCCCCAAGAUGAAAUUUCAUGCAAUCCAAAAUCUGUUCUGGGUGAAAAGUGUGUCAGAAAUGAUAACUCUGAGCACGCUGCUGGCAUUUGUUACGAUGGAAAGGUCGCGAGAGAGCAUGCUUUGGCCCCUUACAUUGGAGAACAAAGUUUGUUACUUGCUUGUGAUACACAAGGUACAGAAAUGGGAUGUCCACUGUCUGAUCACAUUCUUGAAAAUCCUUCUAAUGCUGAUAGAAGGAACAACGAAAAUUUUUCAUUGCUUUCAAUGGAUCAAAAAAUGAAGGUAUUUGAUGAUAGUCAGUUAACAGAAAUGCUGGAUUAUGGGGAGCCCUUUUUGCUCACAAAUACUUCAGUACAGAAGGCUGAUAGCAAGCACCAGUACCAUAGUUGUUCCUUUAGAAUUUCAAGUAGUUUUUCAUCAUGGAAACUUAAAUACACUCCUAAUUUUUUCAAUUUGAAACCAACUUUGACCAAAAGCUCUCUUGUAAAGCAUGGAGAAAAAUGGCACCAAAGAAAACCUUCAUCAUGUUUUGACUUUACACAUGUAAGAGAUCCUUGCAAGUUAUACAUGGAAAUGUUGGACUAUAGAACAACAAAGCAGUUUGGAGCUGAAAGGUCUGUUUUGAAGAAUAAUACUGGUGCUACUGCCAUUUCUUCAAGCGAUGUGCAUGAUCAAGAAAGCCAGGAUCUUGAAAACUCAGAGAAAAAGGGGAAGCUUUCUUAUGCUUCGUCUGUAUGUUCAGAAACUUGUUCUCCACAACUCUCAUCACUUUCAUAUACUAAUGGCGGGAGUGGCUGGGCCAGUCUCCUUCGUGGCUGUGAUAAAACAAUGGAUACAGCUGCCAGUUAUAAUGGGCCUAGUCUGGUGACAGUUAAUGAGAUACCAUUAGAUUAUAUUAUCAAGAAGUGCUUAUUGGAAGAGAUCCUGCUUCAAUAUAAGUAUCUAAGCAAGUUGACCAUAAAGUUAUUUGAGAAAGGAUUUGAUUUGCAAGAGCAUUUGUUGGCUCUAAAGAGGUACCAUUUUAUGGAAGUAGCUGACUGGGUGGAUUUGUUCAUAACAUCUCUUUUGCGUCAUAAAUGUUAUGUCUUCGAGGCGGAAAAAAGAACAUUAGAAAUUCAAGGUCUUCUUGAGUUGUCAAUUCAGAGAUCUUCAUGUGAAGCAGACCCGAAUAGAGAUCGAGUAUAUGUGUAUAUGAAAGAUGCUAUAACUAAUCCAGAUUUGGCUACGGGCUCAUUUCAUGGGAUCCACUCCUUUGACUUCCUUGGCUUGGGUUACCGAGUAGAAUGGCCAAUCAGUAUCAUUUUAAGCCCUGACACAUUGAAAAUAUAUUCAGACAUCUUCACUUUUCUGGUACAAUUAAAGCUUGCACUUGUCUCUCUAAGUGAUGUAUGGAGCCUACUAAAGAAUCAUACUCAGUUGAGCAAAGUGAAUUGUCAUUUUGAGGCACAAGAUAUGAAGUUGGAUCAUAUAUCUAUCUUAACUAAAACCAGGUACAAGCUUAAUCAUUUUGUAUCCGCUGUCCUGCAAUAUGUACAAUCUCAAUUAUCACAUGUUUCGUGGUGCAAGUUCAUGCACUCCCUAAAGCACAAGGUCAGAGAUAUGAUGGACUUUGAAUUAGUACACAUGGCAUAUCUCCAUGAUUCACAACAUAUAUGUUUCUUAACUGAAGAAACCCAACCAAUAGGUCAUAUCAUCCAACACAUAUUGCAGUCUGCAGUAGAAUUUCGAUCUUCUAUGGUCGGUUAUAUUUUCAAAUCUGGACUAAAUGAAAAAGGAGUUUUGGAUGGUCUUCCUCAGAUAGACAUGUCCCAGGUGCUUUCCAUCAGAAAUUCGUUUAUGAAGGGCAUCAAAGAUUUGUAUCAAAUUUAUCUCAAGUCUCCCAAACACGAUGAAUUUGGCAUCUCGCGUCUCUGGGAUUACAUCAAUUUCAACGAGUAUUACAGUGAAACUAUUGGCGAAGCAACAGGACUGGGAAGUUUUCGUGUCUGAAACUGCCAAUCUGCACAGUUUGGUGGAUAAUGUAAGUAUGUAUUGUACGGAGUAUUGCUUUUGUUUCUCCAUUGGUGUCUGUCUUGUCUUUCGUUCGUGAGCUUCAAUAUGCAUGGAAAAGGGUCAUGAUCAUCUGCACUUUGCUUAAUGUGAAGAGCUGUGAGAUGCAAAGGUGCAAAGGUUUUGUUUGUCGUUUUAACGUUUGAUGAAUCAUUGGUCUCAAUUGAUUGAAAGUCAAGCUAUUGCCAAAUGUACACAGAAAGUUUUAUUGCAAGACUUGUUAUAUCAGACUGGUAUUAUUGGAAUGGG